UAACAGGUGAACGUUUUGAAGAUAUGUGUGAUCAGUAUUACAGAUGAACGCAAUCCACCAGAUGGAUGGAAUGGCGUCUGCUAACGAUCGAUUCCUUCUACUACAAGUUGCCACUAUUGUUUUACUGCUGAAGUUUUCGGAAUGCGCCGUGGUGACCAGCGUAGGUCCGUCCAAGGGGAGCACUAAUGGGGAGGUCAGGCUGAACUUAGCAGGGUCAGGCUUCGCCAAAAACCAAUUUAACCAUGGAGCAGGGAAUACCAAUCUCGGUAACACUGUCACUCUUGUGUCGGACACCAAACAGUUCGACUGUCCAGUACACAUCGACGGUACCCAGGAGCAACAGAUCCAGUGUUACACUCCCGCGGGUAUGCCAGUUGACACUUACAAAGUAAAGGUAACUGUGGAUGGGGUUCCUGUUGACGACAGCGAUAUUUGCAACAACUGUCACUUCACUCCUAGCGUCUCGAACACACCAACCAUCACGACUAUUGAGCCUCGCUCUGGUCCUCCAGGUACGAUUGUGAGUUUUUAUGGGAAGAUAUUCACCAACAAGUACGGCAGUAACAUAGACGAGAGUUCAAACGGGAAAACAGUCAGCAUCUUACGAGUCUAUGUUGGAGGACAAAAAUGUGAGCUGAAGAACGGUGAUGAUUUUUACGGAAUCCAGCUUGACAACGGUGGCGACAGUGACUAUGGUUACAUCAAAUGUAAGACCGGUGAGACUGGCAUCAAAAUAGGGAACAUCAAUGGUUCCAUCAUCAUAUCAGACGAAUACGGCAGGACUCAACCACAGAAAGACUUGUACAAAGUGAGUGGAAAUUACCAGUUCUACAUGUUCCAGACUUACGCUGAGAUCAGUUCGGUCACUCCAGCCACUGGCAGCGUGGAGGGGGGAACCCUUAUCUCCAUUGCUGGAAAUAAUUUCGACGAAACUCGCACAGGUGCAGUGGUGAUGGUUGGAGGCACGCCUUGUGUAAUAAAGGGUGCCGUGACCAAGACAUUGAUAACGUGCGAGACAGCAGCCAAACCAGGAUCAACACCAGCCAGACAUGCAGGUAACCGUGGUCUGAAGCUAGAAAUCUGGAAUGCGACCACAAAGACGCAGGCUUUGCUGUCCGAGGUUGGGGCCUUAGACAAUACUGCUGCCGACUACUACAUGGAUUUUCUGGAUGAAGCAUACUACACUGAUAGUACUAUGGAAAAUAUGGUCACUAAGAUGAGCGGAUUCUUCGUGCCUCCUUUUGAUGGGGACUACAGCUUCCAUAUCAAGGCCGAAGAUGGGGCGGAGCUGCAUUUCAGUACUGAUGACAAUCCUUCUAACAUGGCAAGGAUUGCUUACUCUGGAAAGACCAACAGUUAUGACACAGCCAGCAGUCAGAGCUCCUCAAGGAUGUCCCUAUCCAAGGCCAACAAAUAUUACAUGGAGGUCUAUCAUCGUGAAGGAACGUCCACGGCUUUUGCUAAAGUUUCAGCGCGUUUCUACAACACCAAUCUAACAAGUGCCUAUACAGAUAACGUCAAAUCCGAGGUACACAAGUUAGAGGUCACUUCAACUGUCAAGCGCGAGAUCCAGAGCCUCACUUUCACCGGGUUUACAAACGGUUCCUCGACCUCAGCGGUUCAGGAAGUCACAGUGGAGGAGGAUGUACCUGGAACUGGAGGACAGAUCCGUUUGGGACUGUAUACCGCAUUUACAGGUUUGAUCGAUUUCCGAGCUGACUCUUCUGAUGUAGCAACGGCCAUCAAUAACUUGCCAGUUUUUGACAGCGGAGAGAGUGUUUCCGUUACGGAUGUUGCAACUGAGACCAACGGCAUCAAGUAUACCAUCACCUUCACCUCGGAGAGGGGAGAUUUCUCAGCAUUUGUUGCUGAAGCCUCAGAUUCACUCACAGUGACUGUUGCCAAGACAACGACAGGGAUUCCAAAAGGGACCGUGGUAGCCUUGUCUAUGGCAGGAAUACCUGCACCUCUCGUGGCUCCAGGGGCAUCGUCCAGCGAGGUACAAUCUGCCAUGGAGAAGCUGUUCAGCACACGUUGCCCAUCGGUGAUAUCGAGCCCUGCUGGGAAGAAAGUGCAAUACACUUUUGAGACCUCCUCCGCCACUCCUUCCUACAACAGGAACUACCGUUAUUCAGAAAUGGAAGCAUUCUGCGGCAAUUAUGUCCUCAAAAACCCUAGAUAUAUCUUCAAAUCCGAUUCAAAUAUCGACCCACUCUCCUUGACUCUGAGCCCAAAGAUGUGCUUUGCUCACCAAGGAGCCAUUGGGGCUAACUUGAGAGUCUGGUAUGAAUAUACAGACCAGCAAUCGGAGAUUGUUGGAAAGUGGUCAACAUUGUCGAACGUCAUUACAACAAGUGGGAAUACCGAGUGGGAGUACAGUUGCGUUGAAGUCCUGUCUGCUUUAAGUGCUAAAGCGACCGGCGGAACUAGAUUCUACCUUAAAGCAGUGUACAUCUAUCGCUCCGGGGACGUUUAUAUCGAUGAGGUGUUCUUUGGCACAUCUCCACCAACAACCGACGUGGGUAUUGCAAAACAACGCCUGAAGCCAGCCAAGCCGAACGGUGUUAAGAUUGCCAACGUUACAGUGGCGGAGUCCUCAGGAAGUCACCACGUCACACUUUUCCCGCUGAAUUGUGGAAACAACUUCCCUCUUUUCACGUCCGAUUCGGCACAGAGACCCAUUGGAGCCGAUGUGGCAGUGUCGCGUGUUCAAGCUGCCUCCGCACCAAUUCAAGGAACUUUCAACCUAACGUUCCUAGGAUCAACUAUUAGUUCGAUCCCAGCAAACAUUGAUACAGAUGAUUUAGCAGAUAACCUGAAGACGAUCAAUGGACUUAAUGAAGUAUCCGUUUCCAAGAAAGGGGAUUGCGCCAACUUUGAAUGGACGAUUCAGUACACCUCACUUGCUGGGGACCAAUCAUUAGUCCAGGUGGAUCCCAGCCAACUUACAGGUGAAUCCGUUGUCAUGACACCCAAAGAUGUGACUGACGGCCAUGUUGUUUUUGAUGCCUUACCUGGAGAAUUCUUAAGAGUUCCACACGACAAGGCACAGGUGAUGAUGUUGAUUAAUGACGUGCCGACCAAAUGCUCUGGUACCUGUGACUUUGAGUGGCUGACGGGUAAUACACCUACUGUAACGGGAAUAUCACCUGGCACAGGACCAACUGGCACAGUCGCUACCAUCUCUGGAACUGGAUUCAGUGGAACUUCUGCAAACAAUACUGUUAUGAUAGGAGGUACAGCCUGCACUGUUAAUGCCUCCACAACCACUUCCAUCACGUGUACUAUUGGUAGCGGCCCAGAGGGAGUUUACAAGGUGGAUGUCAACGUGGCGGGUUCUGGGUUGGCACAGCACAGUGGUGGAGAUGUCACUUAUAUAUACUCAACAGGCAUCGACAAUUUCUCACCUGGUUCCAGUAGUUUAGGGGGUGGCGUAAAUCUGACUGUGAACGGAUACGGCUAUCGGAACGACGCAACAGUGGCCGUUGGUGGUCAAGACUGUCCGGUCAUAUCCAGGUCCACUGACCAGCUUGUUUGUGUCAUACCACCCAAGACGUCUGCAGGCGCUGUGCCAGUUGUUGUAGCCAUGACCGGUAUUGCCUCCUCGACAGCCUCAAGUUCAUUUACAUACGACUCCAGCAUCACUGCGCAGGUCACUUCUAUUACCCCAACCACAUCAGGGGUCAAAGGUGGAGCUACUAUCACAAUUCUUGGUUCCGGAUUUGGUAGCUCAGGUACUUUAAUUAUCGGUGGUACGACUGUCACUCCAUUGAUUUAUUCAAACACACAAGUGACUGCAGUGCUGUCUUCCCUCACACCUGGAGUACACCUUGUCCAGGUCAUUGUUGGGACAGAUGGGGCUGCUGUUCUAGACUCCAAUGCAGUGCCUACCAUUAGUUACAUCCUCCAGGUGACCAACGUGUUCCCACUUCAGGGCUCACUCCAAGGUGGGACCCUGGUCACCAUUACUGGCCAAGGUCUAGAUGAUGAUGCAGAAAUCAAGAUUGGAGGUCAUCCUUGUGAUAUUGACAGCAUUACAGCCACGACACAAAUAGUGUGCAAGAUUGGUGACACAGGAACGAAACACCAAGUGGACAACCAGGGAUCGCACUUUGCGUUCGGCAAAGGUUUUGCCUGGGAACCAAAGAACCUCCAAGUAUAUCUAGGGGAUACUGUACAUUGGAGUUGGGACUACGCAUUGUAUAUUGCGGGGAUGAAACCCAGAGUACAACAGGUCAAAAAUGCUAGCUCUACAGAACCUGAACAAAACGGUUUCAGCAGUGGUCCUUCUGGUACAAAGACAGGUGCCUUUGAGUUCAAGUUCAACACAUUGGGCACCAACUACUAUUGGAGUGACUAUAUUGAUCUGUACACAACUACAUGGUUCCGGGGUUCCGUGCAAGUGACAAAUAAGGAAUCUUAUGUCGGUGACUUGAGUGUCAAAGUCGGCGGGAUUGAGGCUGUAUACGACAAGAAUUCAGGUGUGAGCAAUCCCACAGGUUCCAGCCAAUGUGUAGCUACCCUCAGUGCCAUUUCCGGCUGUUCAGAUCCCGCACCUACAGGCGGAGAUUCUGCCAAAUUCAACUUUAAAUUCUGGUCUUGUCUCACGCCGACGGUAACAGCCAUAAGCCGGAAUAGUGGAACGGCCAAUGAUGAGAUAAUGGUUACCGGUACAGGGCUGUCCUCGACCACGUGUCAAAAUGAGGUCAAGUUCGGCAGUGAUUCCUGUACAGUCUCGGCUGGAUCAUCGUCAUCAGUGACGUGUAAGCUCGACUCUGCCACCAGUCCCCCCGUCGGUGUACAACAGUCAAUAGAUGUCCGUGUGGGAAACCUAGGAAGUGCCCGUAUUGCCAUUCCUGGACACAUAACUAGAACAUUUGCUGCUAUUCCGGUUGUUUCAAGUUUUACGCCUAGUUUGGGGUCCCUUGAAGGGCACACACCUCUUAACAUUGUUGGAGCAGGGUUUCAGGGAAGUACCCCGGACGUUGAUGUCACAGUAACUAUUGGGGGAUACCCUUGUCCGAUCAGCUCUCUUUCCUAUACAAACAUUGUCUGUUCUACUCCAAAAUCGCUCACUGAUGGUCUCAAGGAAAUUGAGGUCAAGGUAAAUGCUGGAGGUCAGAUGGUUCCUGCGGAAUGUACCUCUUGUAACUUUACCUAUGAUAUUGGGUCUACUGCUAGCGUAGAAUCAGUCUCACCUACAUCAGUGGAUGGGUCGCCAACAACAUUGACCAUCACUGGAAAGAGGAUGGGAGGUUCAACCAGUGACGUGAGCGUGACUAUUGGAGGUGAGGUCUGCACUGUGACUGCAGCUACAACUACCGCCGUUGAAUGUACAAUCUCUGACGUACCAGUUGGGGCCCAGCCAUUGGUACUAGAUGUUGCACAGAAAGGACGCGCUAUGCAUGACCCAUCUCCUGUGACUGUCACCAGUCAGGCUGUCAUUACCUCUGUCAGUCCCGCAGCAGGCAGUACCAACGGUGGCACCGAUGUUACCAUCACGGGAAAUGGAUUUGAUCAAGGGUCUAGUGUUACUAUAGAUGGCGCUAGCUGUCCUGUAACCUCAGUUUCAUUAUCACAGAUCGUCUUCACGACUGCCGCGCAUGGCGCCGCCAUUGACCGUGAUCUUUUGGUCACUUCAGGAAGCACAACCUACACUGCUGAGAAAUUCGAUUUCACCGUUGCGGCCACCCCAGUGAUAUCAUCUGUAUCGCCGACAUCUGGAUCUUCAGGAGACCCUGUCACACUCAGUGGUACAAAUUUUGGGGCGACCAUAGCCGACAACUCUGUCACACUAGGUGAGCGGGCGUGUACAUUGACAUCGGCCUCGACGACGGAGAUUACGUUCAUUGUUGGGGACUACAGGGCCGGUAGUUAUGAAUUGGUAGUGGAUGUUGCAGGAAGCGGACUUUCAAAUAACGACAAGGUGUUUACCUUUGAUAUGACUGCUUCUGGUAUCAGUCCAAAUUCAGGAAGUACGAAUGGUGACCAAACCGUGACAAUAUCCGGUUCCGGUUUUGACAACACUACCACAGCAACCAUCUGUUCAGAGCCAUGUGUCCAGUCUACAGCACAGAAUUCAACAGAAACCCAGUUUAUCUGUGUCACGCCUGCUGCCUCUGGUCACCCGACCCAGUCAUGUAGCGUAGUGGUCACCGUGAACUCAAUCACCCAGACGCUUAGCUACACCUAUGACGCAACAAAAACUCCGGAAAUCACUGAUGUGACCCCAACACGCGGUGGGACAGGAGGAGGUACCCGCAUUACAGUUUCCGGCUCGGGAUUCGGGACUACCAAGUCGGAUUGUUCAGUAACAGUAGAAGGUAGUGCGUGUGUGGUGGACUCGGUCAGCAACAACCAAAUUGUGUGUGACACUGGUUCCAUCUCUGCUUCUGUUCGAGGAAAGGUCCGAGUGGAGAUUGCCGGGGACGGUCAGGCCUUACAGACAGCAGCAGACUUUCACUACGUUGACGUUUGGUCGUCAGUUUAUACAUGGGGAGGUGUAUCGCUGCCCACAGAUGGCGACCUUGUCGUUAUCCAAGCCGGUCAAACAAUCUACCUAGACACAACCACUGCAGUUAUGAAAAUGAUCCUAAUUCAAGGGGGAGAACUCAUUUUUGAUGACAAUCAAGACGUUGAAUUAAAAUCUGAAAUUAUCCUUGUCACAGAUGGUGGUCUGUUACAGGUGGGAACAGAGCAAGCACCCUUCCAGAACAAAGCCACAAUUACAUUGUAUGGACAUCAGCGUAGUAAAGAGCUCCCCAUAUAUGGUACCAAGACGUUGGCUGUUCGCGAAGGCACCCUUGACCUCCAUGGUAUACCCACACCUAUUACCUGGACGAUGCUAGCAGAAACCGCUAAUGCUGGUACGCAUGUUAUUAAACUCAAAUUAGCCGUCAAUUGGAAUGUUGGAGAUGAAAUAAUCAUAGCGACAACUGGCGAUUUCAAGUCUCAGUCUCAGAACGAACAGAAAACCAUCACAGCCAUUGCUGGCGAUCAGAAGACCUUGACCUUGGACUCAAAUCUGGCGCAUGAACAUAUCGCUGUUACAGAAAGUUUUGGAACUAGCGCAAAUGCAGCCACCUUGGAUUUUGCUGCAGAAGUUGGCCUUUUAACACACAACGUUAAAGUGCAGGGUAACAGUGAUGCGCAGUGGAUUGAGAAAAUUGAAGCGUGUCCUGACGGCUUUAACACUGGUGAAUUUGCAACCCAGACAUGCUUCCAGGGGCGUUUUGGCGAGGAAAUGGGCAGUGAUCAGUUUGGUGGGCAGAUCAUGAUUCAUGCACCAGAAUUUGAUACGCACAGGUCCACUGGCCGCAUACAGUAUGUGGAAUUAUUUCAUAUGGGUCAGGCAUUUAGAUUGGGGCGUUAUCCACUUCACUUCCAUCUUAAUGGCGACAUGUCACACUGUUACGCCCGUGGAUUAGGCAUUCAUGAAACAUUCAACCGUGCGGUAAACAUACAUGGCACACACAACCUGCUGGUCGAACACAUUGUCAUCUAUAAUAUCAUGGGUGGCGCUUUCUUCUUGGAGGACGGCAUAGAAAGUGGCAACACAAUCCAGUACAAUCUUGCUAUAUUUGUUCGCGAAAGUUCCAGUCUGCUUAAUGAUGAUGUCACCCCAGCCUCGUUUUGGGUUACCAACCCUAACAACACAAUCCAGCAUAACCAUGCUGCUGGCGGAAGUCACUUUGGAUUCUGGUACCGCAUGCACGACCACCCAGAAGGUCCGUCAUUCACCAACACAGUCUGCCCAAAAUUAGUCACCUUAGGAGUAUUCCACAACAACUCGGCUCACUCUUUCGGCUGGUUUGGUCUCUGGAUCUUCCCAACCUACACGCCUAGAGUGGGCGGUAUUUGUGGUUCAUCUGCACCAACACCUGUCGUCUUCGAUACGUUCCUUACUUGGAAUAAUGAGAAGGGUGCGGAAACAGUAAACACUGGGGCCAUACAAUUUAAAAAUAUUCGGGCAAUAUCAAAUAAAAAGGCUGGGUUUGAGGGCAAGCUUAUUGUAGAGGGGGAGGAUUUAUCGAAUCCUACAAACGAGGCCGCACUCAAGGAUUCGCUUAUUGUCGGACAUGCCUCGUUUUCAGGUGGUUCUGAGUGUACAAAUGGAGCUGUUGUGAUUCCGUACGGAUUUGGCUUCCAGAUAAACAAUGUUGAGUUUGUGAAUUUUGACAGGCCCAGCUGUUCUGCCCUCAUUUGGACAAGAAUUGAUGGAACGUGUGGAGACCAAUGCGGUGGGUUUUCCUACAAAACAUCAGGUUUAACCUGGACAAGUUCUCCGAAUCGCGGCCGUUACGCAUGGUUAUUUGAGGGAAUCCUUGAAGAUCAGGAUGGCACGCUGUGUGACAGUGCGAACUGUAAGGUUAUACCGACCACCGAAACUCUUCCACCCAGUUGUGUAAAUUACCCCGAUUUCAAUUUUGGUAUACCAGCAAGCAAGUGUCCGUCUGCUGUAAAGUUUCAUAGAUUUGGUUUUAAUGAGAUCAAACCUUCUUCUCUAGAAUUUAAGCAGUCAAAUUGGACAAACCAACACGGAUCGUCCCUGGCAGAGUACCGUGAUAAACGUAUCACGCACAAAAAAGGCUGGGUACUGGACCUCGUUAGUGGCAAGACAUACAAUGUUGCAUUUGUUAACUCGGCCCCCCAAACGAAUAUCAGUUUCUCUGGAACAGUUUACCACCUCGAGGGAAACGACUACAUAUUACUGCGUCAAGAGGUGAACAAGAAACCCGACAGACUGAGGAGUAGUGAUCGUGGUUUCGUCGAGGCUUCUGAAACUGCUCUAGACCCUAGUACUAACAUCAAUGGAGACUGGACUUUUGACCAUUACACGAAUGAGAUCACAAUACUUGUUAAGGGGAACGGAGGAGGGGAUCGUAGAAAGAAGAGAUCUUCACCCUCUCUACAAGGUGCUCCCACAGCUCAAUCGUUUAAUUUCCAGGCCUUCAAAUGUUUCUAUACUAACUGUACUCCUCCCCCGGACCCCAACACAGUCCCUCCAGUGACUCAACGGCCAACAGAUUUUGUUUAUUGGUCCGCGUCAAACUCUUGGACUUGGCUCAGCAAUACACUACCUGAAGCCGGAACCGACCUGACCAUACCAAAAGACGUCUGGAUGGUAGCAGACAUGGCCAUUCCAUGGUUCAAUAAGGUCAUUUUAUACGGUACAAUUGAGUUUGAUCACGGCCCUACAGCUCCGUACUGCAACAUUGACCUCAACGCGACCCACAUCAUCAUCCUUGGAGGGAGGCUCAUCAUAGGCUGGCCUGAUGCCCCCUACCUUGGUAAUUCACAGGUAAUCCUGAGAGGCAACUGGCAAACAGCGGAAUACACAGAUCUCACCAACGCGCCAACAGUGGGGGCAAAGGCAAUUGGAGUGUUUGGUGGACUUGACCUCCAUGGAAUUGAUGUCGGUGUGUCUUGGACACGACUAGCCGCGACAGCAGCAGCUGGGGCUUCCACAAUCACCUUAGCUAAAGCUGUCAACUGGACGGCCGGAAACGAGAUCGUCCUAGCAACGACAAGCUACGACAUGUGGGAGACGGAGACAUUUAGGAUUUCCAGCGUGUCUCAAGAUGGACUGACGCUUACUCUCAACAGCUCGCUAUUGUACAAACACGUUGUCCAUACUGAAACGAUUAACGGAAUGACAAUCAACCUGGGAGCAGAAGUGGGCCUUUUAUCACGGAAUGUCAAGGUCAUUGGAGAGGAUUAUGCCAAUAUGUUUAAAGAAUCGUUUGGUGCCCGGACACUUGUUGGUGUAGCUCAGCAGGGAAGUUCUCUAUACAUCGGUUAUGCUCGCUUAAGCAAUGUAGAGUUUUUCCACACGGGACAGGAAAGCUACACAGAGUUCUACGAUGCUAGGUUUUCACUUACAUUCCUGGAUGGCGGUACCGUGUCCAACAUCAAACCUUCGUCUGUGAACAAAUGCGCAUUCCACAAUGGAUUUUCGCCAGCCAUCGGCGUUUAUGGAACCCACGGUUUGCCCAUCGAUGAUAAUGUUUUACAUCACACCGUCUGGUGGGGGAUUGAGACAUUUUCGGAUGAUACUCGUCUUCGCCGGAACCUGCUGACUCUUGUGGUGUGGGAAGGUGCUUACCAAGACCGUGAGGAACAGUUUAAUUAUCGUUUCGAAGGAGCGAUCAACGCGGAGAAAGCCAAGGACAUUGUCAUUGAGGAUAAUGUAGUAGCAGGAGCAGAACGGGUUGGCUACAGGUUAAACGCGAUGGAGUGUGGUAGUGCUGGAUACGGUAGAAAUCUGGUGCACAGCUCUCUGACAGGGUUUGGGAUAUUUCCCGAAGAUGAAUUAACGGUGUCCUGUGUCCAGAUAUCAAACAUUACCGCCUGGAAAUGUCGAGACUCAGGAAUAUUCUAUGAAAACAGUGCAAGUGUAGAAAUCAACAGCGUUCUGCUGAUAGAGAACACAGUGGGUACUGCUCCACUUGUUAUUGGCCCUGCAGCAAUUUCUCACCUAACCGCCGACAAAUAUGUCCUGAUAAAGGAUUCCACGGUGGUUGGUGCCACAACGUCGUUCGACUGCGCGACUGAUACAUUGAAGUCAGACGAAAAUAUUGCCUUUAGCAGCCAGGCACGUACUUGGAACACGGACGGCAGUCACAUUGGUAUUGGGUUUGCAAUGUUCUUAUCCGGCUCAAAUAAUAUGCCAAAGAAACCACAUUUAGGAUCCAUGUCCUAUCCUGCAAUUUUAGGAAUAACGAAUCUUGACGGUGUGACCUUUGCCCAUUUUAACACCAUUUGUGGAGUGAAUGACUUUGCUGUCACAACCAAUGCUAAAGGUGAUGAUGGCCUACACCCAAUAAAAUCGAAGAACGCAGUUCUCAAUGAUGUGUCUACAGACAACAAAAUACGCUACUAUAGACCCAAUGUGGGAAAGAUAAACAGUGCCGAUUGUGUGGAUAUGGACUGCGAUGGUCUGAAGAAAGGCCUGUUUUCGGAUGAAGAUGGGUCAUUUCUUGGUAGUAGUGGUGCUGUAGUCCCACAAUCAGAGUGGGAAUGGGAUGGUGAUGCACGAAGAGGACUUGGGGAUUACAGGAUCCCGAAGACGAUGUUGACCACACUGGAUGGGACUCGCAUACCUGUCAAUGAUAUAGCACCAAAUAAAGGUAUCAUCCGCAAUAACAACUGUCAGUAUAGGACAGCCUGGCAAGCCUAUCAGUGUACUGACCUAACCUACAAGAUGCUGAUAAUCGAAAGUAUGGACGCGGACACGGAGACCCGCCGAGUGUCACCUGUUGCUAUUCUCGGAGACGGGUAUCUUGACCUCAUCAACGGUCCCCAGGAUCACGGCUGGUGCAGUGGAUACACCUGUCGUAAACGGGUUUCUACUUUCAUGGCGCUUGUAGCUACAGGGAAGGAAUAUCUAAUCCACUUCACCGGUACCUCACCACAACAUCUCCGGUACUUCCUCAUCGACGCUAAUAGUACACAGUCUAUCAAGCUUGCGGUCUGGUACUCACAGCCCAACAGACGCGACGUCUACGUUGAGGGCAUUUCAGUUCAAGCUAAAAACGGAAGGACUGUAAACGGAGCCUACAUUCUAGACCCACCUACUUAUCCUGAGGAGUUCAUGCCAAACGUGUCGGACACGUCCGGUCAAAACUAUUUUGAUCGCGACUCUGGACUUCUCCAUUUUACCAUAAGGGGAGAUAAGUCUUUGGAAGUAAAGACAGAUCCGUCCAUCAUUGUAUCCUUUCAAUUUCCCGCCAUGAGUAUUGAUGAUUUUUUUGGACCCCAACUCAUACAACACCUUGCAGCAUUCUUCAACCUGUCUCCAGAUAAGGUUCGACUUGUGAAGAUAGUAAGGGAGACAACCCCAGCGGGACGAAGGCGGAAGAGGUCAACGGGAAAUGACCAGGCAGUCGUGGAGAUUUCUGACACUCCUCGGUCUAAUAUCAACGACUCAAGCGGCUUGACCCCAGAACAACUGCAAAAUAUUUCUGCUACACUAGUCAAUGAGAUACAACUUGGAAAUAUAAGCCAGGUUGUCAACCUAACUGUGGUGGGUGUGGCUGUGGUGGAGCCGCUUGCAUCUCCGGGGACGCCCGAGUGGAAUGCCACAACAACUGAUUCUGCAUACAUUGUUAUUAGCGAGGCCUCGAGCAUGCGUUUUAAUCCCGCACCAGAACCACAACAUGAAGGGGUGGUCUUCAGGACGCAGCCAAAGAUACAAGUUUUAAAUGCACAGGGACAACCGAUAACACAGCUAGGGACGGCCUCCCAGCCCUGGGAAAUCACUGCAUCACUUCGACCGGGUGGGUCAAAUGCACUUGCCAACCUCACUGGAAAUCUCACCGUAGAGUUUGUCAAUGGCUGGGCCAACUUCACCGACCUGCUCAUCACUCAAUUUGGAACAGACUUCUAUAUAGACUUUACACUUACCGUGCCGACCGACUCUAACUUCACCAUAGCCUCUGAUCCACUGACCGUCACUGGGCGACCAAUCAUAGCUUCCAUUUCAUCCAUGACCUCUACUGUCAUAGAGAACAACAACUUUGCUAUAAGUGUUGAGCUUCGUGACGAGGUUACAUCUGAACUUAUACCAGACAUCGCUUGGAGGGGUCACACAUGGACAAUGACCGCAGAACUGAACAAACCAGAACUUCACCCAGGGUCGAUGGCUGGAUCUAACGAGACGGUAUUCUCAACAUCCUCCAGUGCUGCAAACUUCUACACCCUCAGCUUCACUUCUCUUGGGAUCUAUGCUUUGAAACUUCACAUCUUCACUACGCCAUCUGGCUUCGACUUCUACAAAGAGACCCAGGUAGUGGUUCGAUCACAGGCCCAGACCAGCAUUAUUGUCGAGCAGACGACACAAAUUGUGAUGAUAUUUGACGAUGAUUACAAUGCAGUGGUUGGUGCCGACGUCAACGCUUUUGCUGCAAUGAUGGCCACCCGUUUCAUAUUGACAUACCCGGAUAUCCUUUUCAACUCUGUGUCCGUCGUGCCAGGAAGUAUUGUCGUGACGUAUACCGUCAGUGGAGGGGUCUCUGAUGUAAACACAACUGUCUACGGCAUGUGUGAAUCAGUCCAAAACGGUUCCAGCUUCACUUUUAACUCCCAAGCGAUUACAUUGUCCGGUUAUCUGUCUGUUGGUGGGAUAUCAUAUUACGGCGUGUACUGUGGACCAUUGACCACCACCGACCCCACAACUGAUGAAAGCAAGAUUGCCCUGGCACUGAUUAUCGCCCUUUCCGUUGUUUCUGUUGCUCUCCUUGCCAUCGUCGUGGCGAUCAUCAUCUGGAAGUGCAAAGUGUACCCGAAGACCAAGACAAGGGAUCUGCACAAGUACACCAACUACGACAACCAACCGAACUCCAUUGAGGACAUCCUGUUCCGUGAGCAGUCCUUUAUGAGUAUCCGAGCGAAGUCUGCUGGUCUGCCCCAAGCUCCCGCUGCCACCAACAUAAACAGUUUUGGUGGAUACAGCCACAACAUGGAAAAGAAGAGUCCGCUUCCGUUCUAGCAAGGGAGACAACCCUGAACUAGCAAAUCUGUGAUAUUGUAUGUGUUUUAUUGACAUAUAUUAUAGCUAUACAUAUUUCCUGUACUAUUUAUAAGGACAAAUAUGAGAUCUGUGAUUCAUAAUUUUUUUUGUAUUUUUUUAACAGUGUCUAAAUGAAAUUUUCUUUGUAGCAGUAUUUUCAUUACUACUGUGAUAGACACGGUUACAUCAACAAGGUAUACGUCAUGUAUCUGUUCCCUAAACCUUUAAGAUCAAGAUGACUGUUAAUAGUGUUAAAUGAGACCUAGUUGUGUAUGACGUUGUGCAUCUGACCAAGCUCAAUUUUAUCCUGAAUGGUCAAAGCUUUGCAUGCAGAUUCAUAAACAUUAGGUAGUAUAACAUGUUAUUUUAGAUUGCCUUUCUUAUUUGGUCAAUCUCCAUUUUCUUCUGUAAUGUAGGAACUUAAUUGAACAAAAUGUUCUUAUUUCAUUUCCUCGAUACUGUAACUCACGGGGUGCCACUAUUCCGAGUUAAAUGUUCACAUGGCAUAAUUAUUGUAACGUAUGCUUUUAUUAUAAAGUCUAGGCAGUGGCUCACUAAGAUAAAUGACACAGGUCGAAUACUGUGAAAUCUUGAUAAUAAGCUGCAGUUUAUUUUCAAUCUUAGAAACGAAUUCCAGUUUUUCCCUAAUACGGCCCAUUUUCUUGUUUUUUAAAUCACUGAAAUAGUAAGCCUGUGAUGGCAUAUUUUCAAGUCUUUUUUUUUGCAUGGACAUAUAUAAAAUUUUCCAGAUUUAGUUUUUAACAAAAUUUGAAUGUUUUUUUUUUGCUGUCAUCAAAUUGUUACAAUGAUAUAUCAUGUAUUGUAAUUGUUACCUGUAAAAUUAAACCUGUUUAGACUGAUAGGGAAAAUUGGACUCCUCAGUGUAAUCCAUAUCAUAUUUCAAAGUCGGCUUAUUAUCUAGAUCUAUAUGACUGUAAGGUAUUUACGGCUUAUUUCUAUGCCAGCUUAUUUUCAAAUCUGGCUUAUUAUCGAGAUUUUAGGGUAUCCAUGUAGCAGUACAUUCAGCUGGUUGUAUGUUUUCUUUAGAAAAUGCAUAAAGGAAGAAAUCUUUAUUUUAGACUAUAAAAGACGCUUCUGAAACUUGCAUGCAGGAAAAUGUCAAACCUGUUUUCAUUUUAAUUAUAUUGUCAUUACACAUAGUCAAUGUCAAAUUGAUCAAGUAUGUCUCAUUUCUACAAAAAAACACAGCCUAAUGUUUAGAACACGUGAAAAGUAGCCUCACCAUAACGUGGAAAUACAACCAAGUAUAAUAUAUCAUGCUAACUAUUUAAUGUUAAUUUGAAUAUCAACUUUUUCAUAAUAAAAAUAUAAAACAGUUUAAAUAAAAGUGAAACUAAAUUAUGAGAAGGAACAAUUCCUUUACCGCCCGAGAUUAGCAGAAUACAAUUCAUGUACACUAAGGUUGUUUAAACUAUAAUAUUUCUUAAUUCAAAGAUUUGUUUAUGAAGGUAUUUUAAAGUGUAUAAUUCAUUUACCUUUUUUAAUAGACAACACGUACAUGUACAAUAUUUUCAUUAGAUCUCGAUGUUACCUCAAUUGUCCGUCCAUAAGUACAAUUUUGUUUUGUAUACAAUAAUGUUUUUGCAUCUUUUAAUAAUAUUUAUUCAGUUUUGAAAUAUUUAUCAAGUGUUUAUAUUAAUAAUGUUUUGACAACUUUGUCUUGAUUGAUGCAAAUUUAUCAGGAAUUUAUCGUGCAACUAGCCGUUUCUUUGUUUCUUGAUUACCUAAGUGUAAAUGCAGACAGUGAUAGGAAUGUCAUCAUAAGGGGAAUAACUCAGUCAGGCUUGUGUGUGACUCCCAUAUUCCACCAGUAGUAAAGGAAUAAUACAAUUAAAUCAUGACAUAUGACUGAACCAAUGAAAGAACAAGAAACCUUUGGCUUAAUUGCGGAUAACAAUGAUAACUUUGUAGAUAGAUUGAUUUAGAACUACUGUGAUAUUAUUAUGUUCUUACUAUUGGAUAUUUACAUAUAUAAUGUAUUUAUGACAAUUGUUUUUACUACCAGUAAAAACAUGAACGAAUUACAAUGUUUCUGUUAAUCACUUUGAUCCUGCAAGAAUUUACUAUGAGAUGCAACCAGAAAAAAAGUGUCAAGGAUUUGUUUAUUCGUUUAAAGAUUUUAUUGAUAAUGUUUUUGGCAUUUCAAUGUAUAUAAGUAACCGCGUGCUUUUGUUAGAGAUAGCUACAUCGAAAUACUAUCAAAAUUACCUCCCUUGAUUGGCAUGUGAUAAGUAAUUGAUUCAAAAUUUUACAAUUUUCAUUUACGACUCUACAAAUUUGGAAGACUGAUUUGAAAAUACAGUUUUUUAAACUGUUUUUUUUUGUUAUGAGAUACAAGUCAUUUGAAGGUAGUACAAAAUGUAUAUACCUUAGAAGCAAAAUCUUAAAAACAAGUGUUAUCAAAUUGCAGUGAUUUACAGGAAUGUUUUGCAUAUUACUAACUUUACAUUAUAUUUCCCCUUGAUUCCUCUGUGCCGAACAUUGAAUUGUUAUUUCACAUGGAGUACACACAAUUGUACUAUCUCCAUUUAUACAUUCUUCAACCUAAACUGCUUAUUAUGUUUUGAAGUUAACUAUUCCAGUGAAUACCUUAUUUUAUUAAAAACAUUUUGAUAUUGAUGGGUUUCUAGAAAAAUAUAAGAAACUUAGAUUGUUGUCAGGAAGUUCUCAAAAUGUUUUAAUAUAUAAGGAAAAUGAGUUAAAUCACACAACUCAUUUCAAUACUAUGCAGUGUAUGUAACGCAGCAAUCUAAUUGUUUUCCCGUUUUUCACAGCAGAUUGUCUUUGGAAUUUCUCAUGUUGUAAAUGACAUUAAAAUCAAAACAAUUAACAAUUAAUUAUUAAACCGUUAUGUAAAAUGUAUGAAAUGUCUGUUUCUUUUUUA